AUGAGCUCUGUGACGGACGUGCUGCGCGGGCUGUAUGCCGACGAGCUCAAGGAAACUGAGGAAGGAGCGAGAGGCCGGACUGAGGCCGACGUCGAUAUCAAGACGGAGGUCAAGGAAGAGCCUGAGAUGAAGAGAGAGGUCGUGGCUGGUGUCUCUGCGCGCAGCGAGGGCCUACACGACGGAUGGAUACGACAGCGAGUACUACGACGCUCAAGAGGCGUACGAUUCGGACUGUCGCAGUUGGUUUCGAACGCCAUGCAGGUGCUACCGGUGUCCUACUCGGACACGGCAACGGUAGAGAAAGCACGUGGGUUCUGGGAGCUCUUCGAGGUUCAUACGGAGGGCCUUCCCGACCGAUCCAAGUUGUUGGUGCUUCGGCAGAGGCUGAAGGGUCAAGAAGCUGAGCGAUGGUGGGGCAACUCGAGCAUUCGGACGCUCUCCAUGCGGAAGGAUCGGUUCCAUAACCAGUUCCUACGCCGUACGGCCGACGAAGUGUGGGACCGGCUUGAGGCCACUAGACGUGAGAAAGGUGAGUCUGUUGAGGAAUGGGGCGACCUCGUGUCCGACCUGUGUGAGUCGUCGGACUACCCAAAUCCUCAGAUGCGUUACCAGUUGUUAUACCGUGGUCUGAGGAACAAGCGCAUGCUAGCAACGCUGGACGCAAGCCCUGCCUCCGAUAUUCCUAAAGCGUGUGAGUAG